AAUGUGUGGCAUGCACAAUCAGCUAAGGUACUGAACCAAAUACACUUCUGUCUUCUUCCUUAUUUGCUUCCUUUCAUUUUCAUCCCAGAAAAAUUUUCAUAUAUAUUUCUGUCAUUCUUAAUUCUCUCUAAUUUCCCAAUUCAACAAGUCACUUUUGCAUCAUACCCACCACUAAUUUUUGUUUUCCAGAUCGUUUAUGCUGUUUUGCUUGCCCAAUUAUAAUUGAGAAAAUUGAUUAGUUUGAGCGAUGGCGACGGGGAAAAUUCAAGCUCCAGUUUGCCAUAUUAGGAACAAGGAUUAUCAUCUGGGUUUUGCUAAACAUGUAGAUUUUGUAAAGAUUUCAAGUAUCAAGAGGGUUAAGCCUUCAAGAAGUAAAUUUUCGGUUAUUAAGAGUUCGAACCAGGGAUCUGAUAUUGCUGAGCUUCAGCCCGCAUCAGAAGGAAGCAGUCUCCUAGUACCUCGGCAAAAGUAUUGUGAAUCUCCAUAUAAAACUGUGAAGAGGAAGACAUGCACAGUGAUGGUGGGAAAUGUGGCCAUUGGAAGCGACCACCCAAUCAGAAUACAAACAAUGACAACAACGGAUACUAAAGAUGUUGCUGCAACAGUUGAACAGGUCAUGAAAAUUGCGGACAGCGGAGCUGAUAUUGUUCGAAUAACAGUGCAGGGAAAGAAAGAGGCAGAUGCUUGCUUUGAAAUUAAGAACACGCUUGUCCAGAAAAACUACAAUAUUCCCUUGGUGGCCGAUAUUCAUUUUGCUCCUUCAGUUGCAUUGCGUGUUGCUGAAUGCUUUGAAAAAAUUCGUGUCAAUCCUGGAAACUUUGCUGAUCGAAGGGCCCAGUUUGAGACUCUAGAGUAUACAGAUGAGGAUUAUCAGAAGGAACUUGAGCAUAUUGAGCAGGUUUUUACUCCAUUGGUUGAGAAAUGUAAAAAGUACGGCAGAGCAAUGCGUAUUGGGACAAAUCAUGGAAGUCUUUCUGAUCGUAUUAUGAGCUACUAUGGGGAUUCUCCACGUGGAAUGGUUGAGUCCGCCUUUGAGUUUGCAAGAAUAUGCCGGAAAUUAGACUACCAUAAUUUUGUCUUUUCCAUGAAAGCAAGCAAUCCAGUUGUCAUGGUUGAAGCUUAUCGGUUAUUGGUUGCAGAGAUGUAUCUGCAAGGAUGGGAUUAUCCAUUGCACUUGGGAGUCACAGAAGCCGGCGAAGGCGAAGACGGUAGGAUGAAAUCUGCAAUCGGAAUCGGGACCCUUCUUCAGGAUGGCCUGGGAGACACAAUCAGGGUCUCGUUAACAGGCCCAGAAGAGGAAAUAGACCCCUGCAAUAGGCUGGCCAACCUCGGAAUGAGAGCAGCUGAAAUUCAACAAGGAGUGGCACCAUUUGAAGAAAAACAUCGGCAUUAUUUUGAGUUUCAACGCAGAACUGGUCAAUUGCCAAUUCAAAAAGAGGGUGAAGAAGUGGACUACAGAGGUGUACUUCACCGUGAUGGUUCUGUUCUCAUGACUGUUUCCCUGGAUCAAUUGAAGACGCCAGAACUCCUUUACAAGUCCCUAGCUGCAAAGCUUAUUGUUGGCAUGCCCUUCAAGGAUCUGGCCACUGUAGAUUCCAUUUUACUGAGGCAGCUUCCCCCAGUAGAUGAUGCUGAUGCACGGCUAGCCCUCAAGAGAUUGAUUGAUAUAAGUAUGGGGAUUAUAACCCCUUUGUCUGAGCAACUUACGAAGCCCCUGCCUAAUGCGAUUGUCCUGGUGAACCUCAAGGAGUUAUCAACUGGUGCACACAAGCUUUUACCUGAAGGAACGCGCUUAGUUGUGUCUUUGCGGGGCGAUGAACCUUAUGAAGAAUUGGAGAUUCUUAAAGACAUAGAUGCUACAAUGAUUCUGCAUGAACUGCCUUUCAGUGAAGAGAAAGUCAGCAGAAUCCAUGCAGCUCGAAGGCUAUUUGAGUACCUAUCAGAUAAUUCUUUGAACUUCCCUGUAAUACACCACAUCCAGUUCCCCUCUGGGAUUCACAGGGAUGAUCUAGUCAUUCGUGCUGGUACCUAUGCUGGAUGUCUUCUUGUAGAUGGGUUAGGAGACGGUGUACUCUUGGAAGCUCCUGGCCAAGAUGUUGAAUUUCUGAGAAACACAUCUUUUAACUUGCUUCAAGGUUGCAGAAUGAGAAAUACCAAAACGGAAUAUGUGUCUUGCCCAUCCUGUGGGAGGACACUUUUCGACCUCCAAGAAAUAAGUGCACAAAUAAGGGAGAAGACAUCGCACUUACCUGGCGUUUCUAUUGCAAUCAUGGGUUGCAUUGUGAAUGGUCCUGGGGAAAUGGCUGAUGCAGACUUUGGAUAUGUUGGUGGUUCUCCUGGAAAAAUUGACCUCUAUGUUGGCAAGACGGUAGUGAAGCGAGGAAUAGCAAUGGAGCAGGCUACAGAUGCUUUAAUCGGUCUAAUUAAAGAGCAUGGGCGUUGGGUGGAUCCUCCAGUGGAAGAGUAGACAAAUAAUUAUUGAGGAUUUUUUUAUAGGAUUUAGAAUCAUGAAAAAAGAAAGCAAUUUUCAGAGUCCCAUCCAUAUUGUAGAUUAACUUAUAAGAAUAUAUCCCCGUGUCACUUUUUGGGGGGGCAUAUUUAUUACAAAGUAUUAGGAAAAUUGACAAAUUGUUCUUGCUGUACAGGCUCUUAUAUAUGAAUGUAAUUUGAAUAAUACACAGUUGCAUUACA